AUUAGUUUGUCGAAUUAUCAUACAUCAAUCGUGUUAAGACGAAACAUCAUUCAAUAAUAUCAAAAUGAUUUCGAAGAUUGCAAUUCUAUGUUGCCUGGUAGUAUCUGCAACAUGUAUGGUAUUACAUCAAGCACCACUACCAUUGUACUCUCUGCAGUAUCAAGAUCAAGCGCCAAACUACAAUUUUGAUUACAACGCUAACAACGGUCACCCUGGAAAUUUCAAUGGUCGAGACAAUCUACAAGAAAGUCGCCGAGGAGAAUCAGGAUUAGGACAAUACUCUCUCCGUCAACAGGAUAACAUUCCGAGAGCUGGUGAAUACAGGUCUGAUGAUGCAGGAUAUAACGCAUACCUGAAUAACGAUAGGAGACAAAGCAAUCUAGGUGAUGACAGAUAUGUAGAAAACAUCAACGAAGAAGCCAGACGACCAAGCAACCAAGGUCCUCAAGUAAAUCAACCAUGGCAAAUUCCUAGCAUCCAUCAAGCAAGUCCAACUCCAGUAACCAUCACUCAAACAUCCGUCUACCACCAGACCUAUUCUCAUGGCCAUAAAUCAAAGAAAUAAAUAUAAUCAACGAAUAACAACGACUAAAAACAAUUUAUUAAUGCUUUUGAACGAAAAAUCGAAAGAAAUGUCUUAAAUUUGAUUAAAAAUUUACUUUUUUACUGCUUACAUUGUAUGCAUGUCACAAAAAAUACAGUUUGCUGUUUUAUGGAAUAAAUCUGCACAU